AUGUUAUUAACUGGUGAAAUUGCAAUAGAUAUGAGAAUCAUUACUCAGUUUAUGUGUAAUAAAUUUCCUAAUGCUGUGAGAGAAGUUAGACCAACAUUACUUACUCGCAGAAGAAACUUCAACACAAGAAAUGAACACAUGUUUGGAGUUGAAGAUUUAUUAUUUAGAGCAUUAUUAAAUGGUGGGAGACUUGAAGAUAUUCUCAAUGGCUUUAGAGUGGUUGGUGGUUUAGAAGAAGAAAAUAGAGAUGAGAGUGGUGAUGAGAAUAAUGAUGAGAAUAAUGAAGAAGAAAAUGAAGAAGAGAAUGAAGAAGAAAACGGAGAUAUUAGUAAUAGUGAAAAUACGGAGUUGUGA